CUCGCCGACGUGCCAGCCCAUAUGCACCCAUUGGUCGAUUGAUCGAAAAGGGCGGGGACUCUGGCCAGCGGUAGUGGAGCGUCGCCGGUCCACAGUGCUGCACUGAGCAGAGGGGAAGGGGCAUCCCAGGAUAUUUGGAAGAUAAAGGUUGUGAUGACCACACCUGCCGGCUCCGGUAUGGGCUUCGGCUCGGUGUCAUGGUGGGGCCUGUCCCCGGCGCUGGACCUGCAGGCUGAAAGUCCUCCAGUGGACCCAGACUCCCAGGCCGAUACGGUGCACAGCGUCCCCGAGCUAGAUGUCCUGCUGCUGGGCUCUGUGGAUGGGCGCCACCUGCUGCGGACCCUGUCCCGAGCGAAGCUCUGGCCUCGCAGGAGGUUCAACUUCUUUGUACUGGAGAAUAAUCUGGAAGCUGUGGCCCGACACAUGCUGAUAUUCAGCCUAGCCUUAGAGGAACCUGAGAAGAUGGGCCUGCAAGAGCGCAGCGAGACCUUCCUGGAGGUGUGGGGGAACGCGCUGCUGCGCCCACCGGUGGCCGCCUUCGUGCGCGCCCAGGCAGAUCUGCUGGCCCACCUGGUCCCCGAGCCCGACCGCCUGGAGGAGCAGCUGCCCUGGCUCAGCCUCCACGCCCUCAAGUUCCGUGAGCGAGACGCCCUGGAAGCCGUCUUCCGCUUCUGGGCUGGCGGCGAGAAGGGCCCCGAGGCCUUCCCCAUGAGCCGCCUCUGGGACUCACGGCUGCGCCACUACCUGGGCUCCCGCUACGACGCCCGGCGCGGUAUCAGCGACUGGGACCUACGCAUGAAACUGCACGAUCGUGGGGCCCAGGUCAUUCACACCCAGGAGUUCCGACGCUGGCGGGACACAGGCGUCGCCUUUGAACUCAGGGACUCCAGCACCUAUCACGUGCCCAACCGGACUCUGGCGUCUGGUCGCUUCCUGAGCUACCGCGGGGAGCGCGUGGCAGCGCGCGGGUACUGGGGGGACAUCGCCACGGGGCCCUUUGUGGCCUUUGGUAUCGAAGCGGACGACGAGAGCCUCCUGCGGACCAGCAACGGACAGCCCGUCAAGACGGCGGGUGAGAUCACUCAACACAACGUGACAGAAAUGCUCCGCGAGGUGGCCGCCUGGGGUCGCGCUAGAGCCACCCUGGGGAACCCAGAGGAGCAGCAGCAUGAGGAGGGAAGCCUGGAGCCAGGGACUCCAGCAGCCCCCACCCCGGAAUCUUUCACCAUCCACUUCCUACCCCUCGAUUCUGCUCAGACUCUCCACCACAAGAGCUGCUACAAUGGCCGGUUCCAGCUUCUCUAUGUGGCCUGUGGGAUGGUCCAUCUUCUCAGCCCUGAGCUUGGGGCCUGUGUGGCACCGGGAGGGAACCUGAUUGUGGAAUUAGCCCGGUACCUGGUGGACGUGCGGCGGGAGCAGCUGCAGGGCUUCAACACCCGGGUCAGGGAGCUGGCUCAGGCAGCUGGAUUCUCUCCACAGGCCGGGGUCAGGCCCUCAGAGACCUUCGCCCGUUUUUGCAAGUCCCCGGAAUUGGCUCUGGGUGGCACUGACCCAGCUGUGGAACCCAGAACUCUGCCCCUUGAAGUCCUGGCCCAGCCUCUUGAGGCCCGCAGCCCCGCCCCCGAGGACCUGACCGAACCUCUGCAGGGCGGACCCCACUCUGAGCCCUGCCAGCUGCCCUCUGCAUCUCCAGGUCUCUCCAAGGUUCUGGCUCUGCCCCCAGGGGCUUUGCCCCCGUCCGACAGUGAGUCAGACUCCAAAACUGGAGUCUGACCUGACCCCUAGACGCCCCUUAUCUCCAGCUUCCAAAGUCAGGUUGUAGAAUUAGAAGCCGCUGAUACCAUUUUAAACCUGCCGCUGGAGCCCUCACGUUUAUUCUCAUCAUUCCCACUCAGUACCCGUCACCCCCACCCCAGGGGUGUUGCUAGAUUUUCAAAUUCCAUUUCUGGGAUUCUAUGGUCUAUUCCUAAAAUUCUAGAUUGUUCUCUCAGAAUUCCAAAUUCUGCUUCAGAGACUCUAAGCCCAGCCCAGGAUUUGACCCUGAGUCUCAGGCCCUUGACUUCUGCCCCCUUGUCCCCAGGUACCCUGUGGCUGCCUGGGGUCUAGGGUCUCUCCUCACCAGGGCCUGGUCAGCACCCAGGUGGUUUGAGUAAAGCAAGUGUGUCCACCCCUCCGUGUGUCCAACUGUCUUUGCUGUCCUAUGUCUGUCUCCAGGGCUGGGGGAGAAAGGCCUAGGAGUGGUGGACAGAGGAAGUCAGAAACCAGGUGCCUGGGUUUCUGAGUGGACAAGAGAUGGAUUUCUCAGUGCUGCAGGCUGAGAGUGGGCCCCCAGCACAGCUGCACUCCAAAUUAAACACAACAUUGUUGAGUGGCCUGGACUCUUGGGUCUGAGGGAAGAGGGGUUGGGGUCCUGGACUCCUGGGUCUGAGGGAGGAGGGGUUGGGGUCCUGGACUCCUGGGUCUGAGGGAGGAGGGGUUGGGGUCUGGACUCCUGGGUCUGAGGGAGGAAGGGUUGGGGUCUGGACUCCAGGGUCUGAGGGAGGAGGGUUUGGGGGCCUGGACUUCUGGGUCUUAGGGAGGAGAGGCUGCUGGCCUCCACUCCUGGGUUUGAGGGAGGAGGGACUGGGAGCCUGAACUCCCAGGUCUGAGGGAGGAGGCGCUGGGGGCCCAGACUCUUGAGUCUGAGGGAAGAGGGGGCUGGGGGCCCAGACUCCUUGUCUGAGGGAGGGGCUGGGGUCCCCCGGAGUCCUGGGUCUGAGGGAGGGGGUGGCUGGGAGGAAGGGCAUUCUCUGGGUCUGAGGGAGGAGAGGUCUAGGACUCCAGGAUCCGAGGGAGAAGGUUCUGGAUUCCUGUGCCCCGAGGUAGCUGGUGAUCCAGCUGGAGCAGGGCCCGCCCCGCCCCUCACGCGCCCCAUUAUCUCGCAUGGUGGGCAGGGGGGAGGAGGACGCAGUAUAUUUAGUCUCUGUUGUCCGCCCUUUAUCUCAGUGUCCUCGGGGAGGCUGGAGCAGCCCGGAGGAGACUCACGGUCCCUGGGACCUUGAAGGUCACCCGGGCCGCCCCCUCACUGACCCUCCGAAAGUCCCUGUCCUCGCCCUGCCUCCUGCCAUUCCGGGUCUGAGUCUCAGCAUGGCGGAUGAGAGCAGUGAUGCGGUGAGAGCAGCGGGCUAAGGCGUGGCUGGGACCCCCAGGGCCGGGGCGGGCACUGCAGCUGGGGAACCUCGCCCCGCACCAGCCCCGGUCAGACGCCGCUCCUCCAACUACCGCGCGUACGCCACGGAGCCGCACGCCAAG